UCGACGUGCCGUGUCACGCGUCUUUCUGCAAUAAAAAUGAAAACGAAACAGGUUAGACCAGACUGUCCAGCUGAACCUUUACUUUUGCUUUCUGUGGAUUACAAAAAGAAUGCUUUCUUUCACGGUUCUUAAAAAAGAAGUCCUGGCUGAGAAUUUGGUACAUCGACAAGACGGCUAGUUUUUGGAAUUAAUAAUAAACAUGAGGUUGACUCGGUGUCUUCCGUGCAGACUUUUGCACUCGCUGUUCUCUUCUUUGCACAACUGGAAAAACACACUAAUCGUGGUGUUACUCGUGAGUUUUACUGUCGUCGUCAUUAUGCAAAAAUACUGGAUGGAAGCUCGUCUUCAGCUUCUUCUAGCGUACGACUUGUCCGAAUCGCCCACACGACAGCAGAGUGAUUCCGUCCGAACUCAAAUGUCACUGUACGUGGGAAACGAAAGCACCAACAGUGAUGUCGGCAGUAGGAUUGAAUUUUACGAACCGUCGAAUUGCCCAAAGAGUAUUUCUUCUUUGCCCAACUACUCGCAGUGGUUCCGGGAGAGAUUUAAACCGAACAUCAAGUUGUUUUUGGACAAGCUCGACGCCGACAACAUCAGGAAUUUGUCAUUUUAUGAACUGCCUUUUGGAUUCAAGAACGAAAAACACGACUUUAUGAAAAGCUUAUUACUUCACAAUAACUUCAAGAAUCCGUCGUUGAGUUUGAGACGGGAGAAGCAGUGCAUCAGCUGCGCGGUGGUGGGCUCCGGUGGGAUCUUGAACGGGUCUCGCGCUGGCAGGGAAAUCGAUGCCCAUGAUUUGGUGUUCAGGUUGAAUGCAGCAGUAACCUAUGGCAAGCAUGCUGAGGAUGUCGGACGACGGACUGAUUUCUACAUGUUCUUUCCGGAGUCUGCCCAUCUGUACGGCUUCAUGGACAAAAAUGUGACACUUUUAUACACCAUGUACAAGACAUUUGAUGUGGAGUAUGCAGCUGAAAUCCUCAACAUUAACAGGCAAAGGAAAAGCCAAAAGGCCGACCCCGAACGCCUGAAAAUCAUCCAUCCAGAUUUCUUCCGUUACGUCUUUGCCAAGUUUUUAGAUGCAAAAUCCAUGAAGCCAACAACAGGCGCUGUAGUGGUGAUGCUCGCCGUCCACCUUUGUGAUUCUGUGACCAUCUAUGGGUUCGGGUACGAUCCCAAAUUCUCUAUGCAUUACUACGACAGCGCGUUUAUAAAGCGCACCUACCGGUCCACGUGGACGCACGACGUGGAAAACGAAAAGAAGCUGUGGGAUACUCUUCACAACGAGGGGGUCAUCCGGUUUUUCAAACGGGAUGUUGUGUGAGAGAUGGUGAAGGGAAAGGGGACAGGGUCAUCGCACUUUACAGUAUAAAAAUAUUAUACAAAAAAAUGUAGUAUUAAAAAUAAAGUCACAAUCUUGGGCCCAAUUUCUUGGCUCUGCUUACCGUUACUGAAAAAUCCCUGUACUUUUUCAGAAAAUUCCGUGCGUAUGGUAAGCGUAUUUCAGACGUUUCGUUCGUACCCCCGCCCUGCAAACAGGGCACUGGUAUUAAGUGCUGAUGAGCUUCACAGAAUCUUGUGAAGGAAGUACAGAUUGACCUUCGCAUGCAGCUAGCGCGCGCUACGCAUGAUGGGCACCGGAAGCUAGUUCGUGGGACGCGUUCUACGUCACAGGUCACGCAAAUCUAUCCAAUGAGAGCUCAAAUGACGUCAGCCCUGACCAGCGUCCUGUUUGCAGGGCGGGGGUAUGAGUGAAUUCACGCGUAAGCAAGGAAAUUUUUGCUUCUGCGCAUGCGUAUAUCUUGUAACUAAGGAUCCUGUGUUUAUGGCAAAUUAAGGGUUAGCACAAUAUUUUUCCACUUGCCCGGUAAGCAGAAACUUUGUGGUCGUAAGCACAGAAUUCUGUGUUUAGCAGAGCCAAGAAAGUGGGCCCUGGACUGAAGUAUUUGAACGGGGAUCAAAAUAACUGAAUUCUAACCAAUUUUUGAAUUCAAAAUGUGCUAAGAUUUGAAGACUUUUUUUGUGGGGGAUUAAAGGGUAUUCUGUAGAAAAGAAUAAAUAUUUAGAUAUUUUUAAUCAAAAUAAUGAAAUUGUGUGCUAAUUUACUAAACGGAACAGUUUAUUUCAAAAUGUACAAUUUUGGUCACUUUCAAUUUGGAAAAUGUCUGCACGCCUGCAUGAAUUCUGUCGGUAUUGCCUGUUUAUACUUUUCUUAUGUAUUUCUCCUUGACUGCAAAAUACUGAUUUCUAUAAUGUGACAUGGCAAAUGUAUGCAUCAAUUUUAAAAGGACUAUAUAAGAGUAUUUAUAUUGUUGUGACGUUUUCUCAAGGGGAAAUUCUUUCAUUGUAUAGUUUUGAACGAAUAGAAAACAGGGUAUGAUAGUGCCUUUGCAUGUUACACUUGAAAAGUACCUGCACAAUUUA